AGGUGGGCGGGGACCUGGAGGCGGGAGCGAAGUCUCGCGAGAAGAGGCAGUUGCCGUAGCGGAGCCCUCUGGGUCUGGGCGAGUGUGUGAGUGGAUGUGAGCCGCCGCCGGAGCCGCGGACGGUUUGCCGAGCCCGUUAGCGCCGCUGGCCCAGAGUCCCGCCGCCGCCAUGUCCCGGUACCUGCGCCCCCCAAACACGUCUCUGUUCGUCCGAAACGUGGCGGACGACACCAGGUCUGAAGAUUUACGUCGGGAAUUUGGUCGUUAUGGUCCAAUAGUAGAUGUUUAUGUUCCACUUGAUUUCUACACUCGUCGUCCAAGAGGAUUUGCAUAUGUUCAAUUUGAGGACGUUCGUGAUGCUGAAGAUGCUUUACAUAAUUUGGACAGAAAAUGGAUUUGUGGGCGUCAAAUUGAAAUACAGUUCGCACAGGGGGAUCGGAAGACACCAAAUCAAAUGAAAGCCAAGGAAGGGAGGAAUGUAUACAGCUCUUCACGAUAUGACGAUUAUGACCGAUAUAGACGUUCUCGAAGCCGAAGUUAUGAAAGGAGAAGAUCAAGGAGUCGCUCCUUUGAUUAUAACUAUAGGAGAUCUUACAGUCCUAGAAAUAGACCGACUGGAAGACCACGGCGUAGCCGAAGCCAUUCCGACAAUGAUAGACCAAACUGCAGCUGGAAUACCCAGUACAGUUCUGCUUACUACACUUCAAGAAAGAUCUGAAAGCGGAAAAAAGAACCAAAGAAGGGCAGUCCAAGCGACCAAAGGGUGGGUGGAAGGUGCUGCAGUAUGGUACUGUACGAAUAUUUUGACUCUGGUCUGAAAAGAUAAAAGAAUUAUCGAAAACUACAUGGAAUAAUUGAAGUCCCUUCAAGUUUGAAAGUAAGCAUUUUAGGACAAAUAAAAGGAAAUUCAACUUUGUACUUGUGGAAACUAAUCCCUAAAUAUGAACAGGUUUAUAUUGAUUCAUGGGUAGCCGAUCCAUGAUAAGUUACUGGAAACUAGGAUGUCUGAACAUCAAGGAAGACAGCCAUAGUCUCUAACAGUGCCUCUCUUGGUCUGUCUCAAAUUAAAUUGGAUGGUAAAGGUAUGGUCAAAUAUAAAGUUUUUCCUAGUUAACUCUUAAAAGUCAGUUCCACUUAAUGCCAAUGUUGGCAAGUCUUGCCUUUGUUUAUUCCAGUGCCAGUAUUUUCUGCUUAACUCUUUUGUUGGCAUCUGAGUUUAUUUACUUGUAUACUACAUACAGUUUACAUCUAACCACUCCUUGCCAGGCUAAUUCCACUUAACACUUGAUAUCCACCCAUGAGGGCCCAUCUCUUCUCACCUCCUGUGUAGACAGUAUGUUCAACAGAUAUUUAUUGAACCCUUACCGUGGGCAAAAUAUACUGGAUAAUUGGAGAGGAGAACAGAUUAUUUAGUAAAACCUACUGAGCACAAUCUAGUGAAUCAUUAUAGUAUGACCUCAUCUUGAGGUGUGUUACAGUAAUAUUUUAUACCAUUCAUAUCCUAGUGUAAUUAUAAAACCCAAUAUACUAUCAAAGAAAAUAAUUUUAUGGUCGUCUGCCAUUUAAAAGUAUCUAGUAUUUGUUGUAUCCCAUUACUACAAAUAAUGAAGAAAACCUGUGAUAAGCUGAUCUGUUGUGCAGUGAUUAAUAUACUAGAGUAAGAUUAAGUUGUUAACUGUUGACUCUGUCAAGCAAAUAGGUAAUCCCCAAAAUAACAAGUAUUUAACUUUAUAUUAAAGCAAACCCUGGGUGCUAUAAUUAGAUCAUUUUGAGGCAGACAGCUGUUCUCCCAAUCGACUUAGUAUAUUCUGUAUGGAAGAGGAAAGUGUUUACUGGAUAAGACUUUUUAGUGAUCUACUUGUACAUUUUAUAGGGGACAUAUUAUGUGUAUAGUUAAUAAAUAACUUUAUAGUGUCGCAAAUGUUUUGGAUUCCUUAGUUCCUUAUCAGGAUAUGAAGCUUGUUUAUCCUACCAUUAAUACCAUCACAUUCGGAUCUUUGUUGUAUUUUUGCCACAUAUUUAAAACUAUGUCAAAAUCUGAAAUCUGGAAACAGUGUUAAGCCUUUGACCAUUUUUUUUAAGUGUAGUAGGAUUACACAUAAAUGAAGGGAGCGGUAAAAUGAAGGUUAUUUGUUGGAGUUUUUUGUUUUUUUAAACGUUUUUUCAGCCUGUCAAAACUCAAAAAAGCAACAGGCAUCAGGUGAGAAUUACAAAUUUUGGCUUAAUUUUUGUUGCUGUUUUUAUUUUGAAUCAAGUUGGAAAUGCUUUUAAAGUUUUAUUUUUAACGACACAAUAAAAAUUGCUAAAAACUGAA